CCGGCUCCUCUACUUUCCGACCUAGUCCUGUAUCCGCUUCCGGUUCCCGGCCGGAUUGGCGGCGAGCGGAAUCUGUGUUGGCUGAGGCCCGACCCUGGGUGAAGGUGGUGCGGAUUUUACGCAGCGGUGUGCGGGGGACUCAGGCAGUACGCGGAGCGGAGAUCUGGAAGGUGGCUGAUGGUGUAGGAAGGGGCCUCGCUGGAGAUGGACAGCCGGAUUCCUUAUGAUGACUACCCGGUGGUUUUCCUGCCUGCCUAUGAGAAUCCCCCAGCAUGGAUCCCUCCUCAUGAGAGGGUGUACCACCCAGACUACAACAAUGAGUUGACCCAAUUUCUGCCUCGAAUCAUCACGCUAAAAAAGCCUCCUGGAGCUCAGUUGGGAUUUAACAUCCGAGGAGGAAAGGCCUCCCAGCUAGGCAUCUUCAUCUCCAAGGUGAUUCCUGACUCUGAUGCACACAGAGCAGGACUUCAGGAAGGGGACCAAGUCCUAGCUGUGAAUGAUGUGGAUUUCCAAGAUAUUGAGCACAGCAAGGCUGUUGAGAUCCUGAAGACAGCCCGUGAAAUCAGCAUGCGGGUCCGCUUCUUUCCGUACAAUUAUCAUCGCCAAAAAGAAAGAACUGUGCACUAAAGAACGUUCUACAUAGAGUCUGCCUAGACAAGCUGGCUAAGCCCCAGGGAAGCUACCUGGGCAACUCUCAGCCCCUUCCUAGCAUAAUGGAAUGAGAGGGUGAGGAGACAGUGAGGCCCCACACUAAGCCAGCAAGCCAACUGCAUUACCUAGACUGUACUAUUAGUUACCUACUAUUUUUAUCCUAGGUGAGCUUCAUUCCCUGAAAGAAGAAGGAUGAUGUUUUGAUAUAACCUAGCAUGUAGGGAACCCUGCUAAAAAAGACAACUAACGUUUAUUGAAUACCAUGUGUUAAACACUUAUGUAUAUAUCAUAUCAUUUUGAUUUGAUUAGAGUAUAGAAAUUAGUAGAAAAAAGAAUCCUGGGGAUCUUCCAUCUAAUCUGACUGGCCAUCUCAUCCUUGUACUGUCAGAGGUCUCAUAUACUUCAGAUACUCCAGUAGGAUCCUAUUUUUUCUCCCUUCUUAUCCUUUCCCCCAAAAAGGAAAAUCAAUGCUGACAAAUGUUGUUGUGA